AUGAAGUUGAGCAACCUUCUUAGCACCCUAACGAUAGGCUCUGCCACUGUCAUUGCAGCCCCAAGCACCAACUCCCCACCUGUAUACGGCCAUCCCAAUGCACCAACAUUCUACAAGGGCUUCGACCUCUCCUCAUUGAAGAUUCAAGAAGAUGGUGGCGCCACCUACAAAGACUCCGCUCGUGGCAACAGAACGAGGCCAGUGGAGGACAUCCUUGGUGAUGGCGCAAUGAACACAGUCAGACUCAGACUCUGGGUCAACCCUACAGUGCCCUUCGAUGAUGGAUACUACGAGACCUACGACCUCAACUAUACUCUCACUUUGGCAAAGCGCUUUCACAAGAAAGGGUACAAGAUCUACCUUGACUACCACUUCAGCGAUUACUGGGCCGACCCUCACAAGCAGUGGCAACCAGCAGCAUGGCCAACCACGCUCAAGCCUCUCGCCUCUGAGCUGCGAAACUACGUCUCUACAACGCUCCAGGCGUUCACGAAAGCUGGUGUUGACUUGUCCAUUGUCAGUCUCGGCAACGAGAUCCGCUACGGCAUGCUGUGGCCUCUCGGCUGGGCGGACGUCGAUGUCGAACCAACAAGCGCUAGGAUUACAAAUUUCACCAACCUCGCCACUCUGUACCAGGCAGCCCGGAACGGAGUCUGCGAUGCUGUCGCAGUGGGAGUGUCGAAGCCGGAGGUCAUGAUCCAUAUCGAUAAUGGUUGGAACCUCACUUUGCAAGAGAGAUGGUUCUCAUCAUUGACCGCGACGGGCAAGGUCAAGACUUCUGACUGGGAUAUCUUCGGCUUCUCUUUUUACCCAUUCUAUGGCACUGCCGCGACCUUGGCCAAUCUCAAGACUUCGCUGAACACCAUUGCAACAAAGUACAACAAGCCAGUGCAUGUAGUGGAGACGGAUUGGCCAGCGAUUUGUACAGGCGCAGAUGCUCCAGAUUUGAGCGAGCCGAGUAUUCCUGCGUCGGUUCCUGGACAGUUACAGUGGGUGAGAGACAUCGUGGAUGUUGUCAAGCAGGUGCCCCGUGGCUUGGGUCAAGGUGUCAAUUACUGGGAGCCUGCUUGGCUCAACAACACUGGCCUUGGAAGCGCAUGUCAGGACGCGAUCCUUUUCGAUGCUGACUGGAGCGACUAUCCGAACGUCACAGCAUACUCUCGAGAGAGCGUAAAUGUGUUCAAGGGAGUAUAG